AGCCAGAGAGGAAGUACCAAGUAUAUGUUCUGGAAAUUUGCCGCCGAGGCGAUCUCAACGGCGGGUACAUACUAAAAGCACAAAUCCAUUUCCGUUCGUCUUUUUAACAAAAACAUCCAAAAAUCCACGUUCACGUACUCCAAAUGGAUGACGAAGCCAUUACGGCGGCAGAGAGAUACCAGAUGGCUCAGAUUCGAGAGCUUGAAUUUGAGGAAUUACAGGUCGAGGAAGUGGAGGGUGAAGAGGACUCAUCGGAUGAUGACCUUGACGCUAUUGGCACUGCCUCAUCACAUGAAUAUACUUUUAACACCAUCUUGGCUCCUUUGCACACCUAUCUUGGUGAGGUUGAAGACACUCACCGGAGGUUGGCCUUUUUAGACGGUGGUGCAGUAUUAACUCUUCCGUUAUUCUAUCUUGAAGGAGUUGUUCUUUUCCCAGGGGCCAUCCUUCCUCUUAGAGUUAUUCAACCCAAUUUUAUAUCUGCUCUUGAGAGGGCAUUGACCCAAGUUGAUGUUCCUUACACUAUAGGUGUGGUUUGGGCUUACAGGGAGCGUGGUAACAGACGAUUGAGGUUUGCGACUAUUGGGACAACUGCAGAGAUUCGACAAUACCGGCGGUUAGAGGAUGGAUCACUGAAUGUAGUAACUCGUGGCCAGCAACGCAUUUGUUUAAGACGCCGUUGGAUUGAUGUGGAAGGAGUGCCUUGUGGAGAGGUUCAAAUUAUCCAGGAAGAUCUGCCAUUAAGGGCACCACGGGAUGCAUUUGGAAAAUUGCCACCAUUAAGUAAUUUUCAUGGCCGUAAUAUCUCAGGCAUGGGGCCUUCAAAAGUCUCAUCAUGCAGACAUGGGGAUGGCGACAAUGAUUCAGAGGCAACCUCAGCAGAAAGCUAUGAGAGUGAGCUUUCACUAGCUGAAAGAAGGAUCCAUCAAUCUGCUAUCGAUUCAUCAUGUUCCUAUGAUACAAUGAAUGAAUCAACAAGCAGUGAUGAUGACAAGUCUGGAUCAGAAAUGAAAUCUACAAGAUCUCAUGCAAGUGAUGCUGACUCUAUUGGUUCAUUGCAUUUGGAACAUAAGGAAAAUAUUGAAAAGACCACCUUAGGAACUGCGUGUGGUUCCACACCAGGAAAGCGAUCCCGCAGAGGGGAAGGGUCCAAAAGGUGCUGGAAAAAUACAGACCUAAACCAGUUUCGUAGAGUUCCAAGAGCAUUCUGGCCCUACUGGGUAUAUCAAAUGUAUGACUCUUAUUGCCUUGCUCGAAGGGGUGCAGAUAUGUGGAAACAGAUAGUUGGAGCACCAAGCAUGGACGCUCUUGUGACAAAACCAGAUCUUUUAUCAUUUUACAUUGCCAGUAAAAUUCCUGUGUCUGAAUCCACAAGGCAGGAGCUUCUAGAGAUUGAUGGUAUUUCAUAUCGCCUGCACCGGGAGAUUGAUUUACUUAAAAGCUUAGAUCUUAUUCGGUGUAAAAAUUGUCAGACUGUGAUUGCCAGGCGAAGCGAUAUGCUGGUAAUGUCUAGUGAAGGUCCUCUUGGAGCUUAUGUUAACCCACAUGGUUUUGUGCAUGAGAUAAUGACUUUCUAUAAAGUAAAUGGGUUAGCACUCCAUGGGCAACCAGAUAGAGAAUACAGCUGGUUUCCUGGAUAUGCAUGGACAAUAACAGAGUGCGCAAAUUGUGAAUCUCAAAUGGGGUGGCUUUUCACUGCCACAAGAAAGCAGCUGAAGCCUCAAUCUUUUUGGGCAAUCCGUAGUGCACAGGUCGCUGAUGAUGUAAAAUAAGUUUGGAAUUUCUUAACUGCUGCUUCUGAUUUAGUUUGUGGCCAUGCAAUGAGUUUAACCUGUAAUGUAUAUAUCAUCAGUCGUUUUCAUUUCUUCCUUCUGAAAAGGAAAAAGAAAGAAAAUACAUAGUUUCAUAACAUGUCUGGUGACUUGGAUCAAGUUGUUCUGUGACAAGUGAUAUGUAUUUGCGAUCAAUGUUGAAGCUUCAUCGAGCCAUAAAUUGUCUGAUUUGGAAGAGUGAGUAGUGUUCCAAAUGACAAUUGUUCACUUAA